AUGAGCUACCAAGAACCAGGGGCCCCUGUCACCUACAGCAGGAUACUCCAGGUUAGUGGUACUUCUCAGUUAUUCUCGGUCCUUCGCGCAAAGUUAAGUCACGGCACCCCGCGUGCACAGGCUCAUUUUUGUAACAACAAAUUUCAAAACAUUAUUUCUAUGGAAAAAUUAACUACACAAGAACAAAAUAACGUUAAAGUGCGCGAUCAUAAUCACUUAACUGGAAUGUAUAGGGGUGCUGCACAUCAGAGUUGUAAUUUAAAUUAUAAAGAUAUUUGUGUUAUACCUGUGGUGUUUCAUAAUAUGAGUGGAUAUGACGCACAUUUUUUUGUUAAAGAACUUUCAAAUUCAAUAAAAGGUGACAUUAAAUUGCUUCCGAUCAAUAAAGAAAGAUAUAUUUCAUUUACUAAAUUUGUCGAUGAUACAAAAGUUAGUUUACGAUUUAUUGAUACUUUCAGAUUUAUGCCCUACAGUUUAGACAAGCUUUCUUCCAAUUUAGAUAAUUCACAAAAAAUUAUUACUCAGACAAAUUGUAAUAAUAUGGAAGAAUUUUAUUUGUUAAACAGAAAAGGAGUGUUUCCUUAUGAUUAUAUAAAUUCCUGGGAGAAACUCCUUGAAACAAAACUACCCGAAAAAAAGGAUUUUUAUAGCCGCUUAUACGAACAAGAUAUUAAAGAUGAAGAUUAUUCUCACGCUAUCAAAGUUUGGAAUACUUUCAAUAUUCGUACAUUAGGAGAAUAUUCCGAUUUAUAUUUAAAAACAGAUGUGCUUCUUCUAUCCGACGUAUUCGAAGCAUUUCGAACUACGUGUUUAAAUACUUAUCAACUUGAUCCCUUACAUUAUUAUACUGCACCAGGCUUAACAUUUGAUGCCAUGUUAAAAACGACAAAAAUUAAACUAGAACUCUUAACGGAUAUAGAUAAAGUCCUUUUUGUCGAGAGAGGUAUUAGAGGUGGAGUUUCCCAGUGUUCUAAUAGAUACGGUAAAGCCAAUAAUAAGUACAUGAAUAAAGACGAAUAUGAUCCUUCACAAGAUAGUACCUAUUUAAUGUAUUUUGAUGUUAAUAACCUUUACGGAGCGGCAAUGUCUCAAUGUUUACCGUAUGGGAAAUUUGAAUUUGUAGAAAAUUUCAAUAUUUCAGAUAUCUUAGAUACUUCUGAUAAUUCCACAACUGGUUAUAUUAUUGAAUGCGAUUUGGAUUAUCCAGUAGAUUUGCAUGAAAUACAUAGCGAUUUACCUUUAGCUCCAGAGCACAUGAUACCUCCCAUUUCAAGGUCUAAACUUAAAAAGUUGUUAUUGACUUUAUAUCCUAAGAAAAAUUAUGUUAUACAUUAUAGGAAUUUAAAAAUGUAUAUAAAAUUUGGUAUGAAAAUAAAAUGUGUACAUCGUGUUCUUAAAUUCGAACAGUCUGCGUGGUUAAAGGAAUAUAUAGACUUAAAUACAAGGCUUAGACAGCAAGCGAAGAACGAUUUUGAAAAAGAUUUUUUUAAAUUAAUGAUUAACGCUAUUUAUGGUAAAUGCAUGGAAAAUGUUCGAAAACAUAGGGAUAUUCGAUUGGUCAGUAAAUGGGAGGGACGAUGGGGAGUUCGUUCUCUUAUUUCUAAACCAAAUUUUCACAGUUCCGUUGUAUUUGAUGAUGAUUCAGCUAUCAUCGAAAUGAAUAUUUCUAAAACUUUUCUCUAUGAAUUCCACUAUGGUUAUAUUAAGGAAACAUUUAACAAUAAUGCAAAGUUGCUUUACACCGACACUGACAGUCUAAUUUACGAAUUUCAUGUAGGUGAUAUAUACGAAUAUAUUAAGAAAGAUUCUCAUCGGUUUGAUACUUCAGACUAUGAUUUGUAUAAUGUUUAUGGUAUAGAACAAAAAAAUAAAAAAGUGCCAGGUUUGAUGAAAGAUGAAAAUAACGUUUAUAAAUCUUUUAUUUAUAAAUUAUUAAGUGAUCAUCGCUGGCAGAAUCUGGGGGAUAUCUUCUAUCCUGUUGAAAAUAUCCAGAAAAAUUAUCGACGGAUCGAGCAAUGUGUUGACGAAUUUAUGUGUCGAGCUGCAUAUUUGGCAAAUCACAAAGCACUCACUACAUUCUUUGAGGCUCUAACGAUAAUCAAUUACGAUUCCUUCACAUCUAAACCCUCUGAAAAUCAGGAGCACAAAAGAAUUUUCACCUGGCUCAAAAAGAACAUUGUCAAAGGCGAAGCUAAUCCUGAAUUACCAUUAGGAUGGACCGAAGGACCAGAUGAAAUGUAA